AUAACAAUUUAAUGUUCGGUCAAUAGUCUUUACAAUGAAAAAGAAAAAACUACACCAAAAAAACAAGGAAUUCACAGUGGAAAUGACCUUAAAAAGCCCUUUAAAACAUUUCAUUGGAAAAUAAUAAUAAUAAUAAUAAUAAAAUUUAAUAACAUGCACCAUAAACAAUUUCAAACUAAGAACAAUUAAAUUCAUAAUCAAUAUGUAGAAGUUUAUUCUGCUGGAUGAUGUGAGAGAACUUAUGUUUAUCAGACUAUAAUACCCCUUAUAUGCAACUCGAAAUGAAACAUCCAGUAUAUGUAAUUUGGCAUCUAUUUGAUAAUAUAACAAGCCCCAUGUAGUAUAAAUGGACUGGCAGCACGUAUAUCUAUUUUAUUGUUUAUAUAGAGUUAAAAAUGCUCACCGGCCUCACCAAGGAUGAACCCAACGGCAUAUCUGCGGUGGGCAAAAAGUGACCAUGCAAGAAGGAGGCAAAAUGUCUACGACACCUAUCACCCAAAUAUCCAGGCGUGUUUGAACAAUGAUUUAUUAUUUAUCCAUUUUUAUCCACUUUCUGACAUUGGGUGAUAUAAUUCUUCAAUUCGUGUGCCAAAACGUCACCGUCCUACUGUUUUCUCAUCCCUUCCGCUUUAUUCUUCAAAACCCCAAUCAUGACACUCCGUUAUCAUUCGAUGUCGCCGCCGCCGAGAGAACUUACUGUUCCACAAACCAACCGAGUCGCGCCGAGUUCAGCUUCCAUUUUGUCGACCAUUUUGGAUUAAUUCCCUGAAUCCAAACAAAACACUAUUCCUUUUUUUUAUUUUUUAUUUUUAUUAUAACAAAACCUUUUCUUAUGCCACCACUAAUCUGACCAACCCACUUUCCGAAAUCACACUCAAUUCCAAUAUCAUACCCAACUCCCAAAUAAUUUUCUUUCACUCGCAUGUGUAAAUCUAAAAUGGCGAUCGACGCCGCCCAACCCAGCCCAACUACUCGAACCUCGCGAAGCCAACCGACCCAAUCCCCAAGAAAUCAAGGACCGCAAAGACCGACCUUCGCAUCUUCUUCUUCUUCCGUCGAACCACCCUCCACUUCCAACACCUCCAGUGCGCAAUACACCUCCACUUCCAACUACAAGCUCUCUUCCGAUACCUCCUCCUCCAGCCGUACCUCGCUCUCCAGCCUCCGCGAGAGCCUUCCCGAAACCCCUCACAUCUACGAUUUCAACGAGAUCUGCUCCGCAACCAACAAUUUCCUCGCCAAGCGCUUCGCCUCCGCUUCCUCUUCGACUCCGUCUUGGCGGUGUACUCUCCGCGGCAAGGAUGUGAUCGUGUUCCAACGGAAGUUCCGUCGAAAGACCGAGACAUCGGAGCUCAGGGCGUUGCUCUCGUUGAUCUGCCGGAGUCACCACUCCAGUAUAGUCAAAAUCCUCGGCGCAUCGGUCUCCGGCGACCAUAUCUACUUGGUGUACGAAUUCAUAUAUGGGGCAAACCUAGCGGAUUGUCUGAGAAACCAGAGGAACCCUAAUUUUACGGUGCUGUCGACAUGGAUGUCCAGAAUGCAGAUAGCUGCGGACCUCGCUCAUGGCCUCGAUUACAUUCACAACAAGACCGGCUUGAGUAUAAACCUUGUUCACAAUCACAUCAAGAGCAGCAGCGUUGUGGUGACCGAGCCUUUAUUUAAUGCCAAGAUUUGCCAUUUCGGUGCCGCGCAGUUGUGCGGGGAGAGCAUUGGAAGUGAAGAACGGAAGCCAUUUUCAACAGGAAAGGGAAAAAUCGGUGAGAUAUCGGAGGAGAGCGAUGAGUCCGAUCUGAAAGAAUCGAAACUGAAGCGGUCCGAUAGCCGGAAAAUGCAAUUCGAAGGCGUGAGGGGAUACAUGUCGCCGGAAUAUCAGCGGACGGGGGAGGCGACGCAGAAGUCCGACGUGUACGCGUUUGGCGUCGUGAUCUUGGAGCUUUUGUCUGGCGAAGAGCCAUUCAGGUUCAAAUUCGAUAAGACGAAACGUGAUUUCAUCAGGAUGUCGGUGAUCGAGUCAGCGAAAUCGGCGAUCUUCGGCGAUGGUGACGGUGGUGGUGGUGGUGGACCUGUGGAGGGAAGGUUUAGGUACUGGGUAGAUAGGAGGCUGAAAGACUCCUACCCGGUAGAGGUGGCCCAGAAGCUUACACGUGUUGCAUUAGAAUGCGUACACGUGGAUCCAGAUCAGCGGCCUAACAUGGGACGCGUCGCAGGAAAGAUAUCGAAGCUUUAUUUGUCGUCGAAGACUUGGUCCGACAAUGUAAAAGUUCCUACAGAGAUUUCGGUGUCGUUGGCCCCGCGGUAAUGACGUGUCAGAUAUUAACAAUUGUAUAAAUUUUGUUUAUCAUUUUGACUAGGACAGAACUGGAUGCUAAAUCAUGAUUCUUGUUUGUAUUAAACAAAAACAAAAAAAAAAAAAAAAACGACGCUCUGAUUUUGACAAUUUUGUUAUAUUUUGUGGACAACAUUUGACCGAUGGGAGGGAAAUUAUAUAUACUUGGUUUAGAUUGUAAU